AUGAGCACACACCUCACCGCCGAAGAGCAGCAGCAGCAGCAGCAGGAGGAGCAAGUACCAAUACACGUCGGCUCGCCCGAACACCAAGAAGAACUGCAGACGGUCAUCCAAAGCGUCCAGGACGCGGCAUCACCCCACACCGCUCUUGUUGCUCCGACCUCGAUCUCGGAGGAAGAAGUCGCCGGCACACAGGAAGUUGGAGAGAAGGGCUACGAGGAAGUGAAAGAGGGAGCAGGAAAAGAAACAGAAAAGGAGAUAGCAAGUUACUGGGAUGCCUCGGCCAUGGCGCCCCUAAAUGCAGCUUCCGCGGCCGCCAUCGCCCGCUUGAAGGCCUACAAGCCACCACCGUUUCCGCUAUGGGACCGCCUCCCGCUGAGCCGCCGUUCUGCGGUGCUCCUGCUCUUAUACGCCGACCGCCGUGGGGACCUCCGUGUUGUCAUCACGAUGCGCGCGGCGAGCUUACGGAGUUUCUCGGGACACGCCGCCCUCCCAGGAGGUAAAGCCGACACCCUCGAGGAAUCCCCCUACCAAAUCGCCCGCCGCGAAGCCUGGGAAGAAAUCGGCCUGCCGCUCGACGACCGCAAACUACCCCCGCCCUUCCGCAUCGAACACCUCUGCUACCUACCCAUGAACCUCGCCCGUACCGAGCUUGUCGUCCGCCCGUGCGUGGCUCUUCUACACACCAACGACCCGCCCGUCCCUGUCGGUGACCCGUCCACCAAGACUCCUUCCUCCGCCGUUGCGCCAACCCCCGCGACCUCGCCCACCGUCGAGGAAUCGCUCAUCCCGCGGCUUGACGCGAAGGAGGUCGCCGCCGUGUUCUCGGCGCCGUUUCAUAAUUUCCUCAAGGAGACGGACGAAGUGGUUGCGGUUGAUAAUGGGGAGGAAGUUGACUCCUCGCAUCCUGGGAGCGGGAAACGAGGGCGGCAGCAGCGCCCGCUACCCCCUGGCAGCUGGUACGAGGGCACGUGGACGAAUUGGAACGAGUCACGCUGGCGCAUGCACUUCUUUUAUGUGCCCGUCACGGAUCAGACUGUGGUGAAGCCACGACCGGCCUCGAUCCAAAAAGACCGGCCAGCCGCCGGUGCGUUGUCGGAGCAUGAUGCGAACAGCAAAAGCCAGGCUGAAGGGGAUACGAGUAAAGCUGUGACGACGGCGACGGCGACGACGACAACGAAUGGGGAAGGGGAGCGAAAGCUGGAAGAGCAGGCGAAGGCGGUGGUGGAGACCGAGGCGGAGGAGCCCGGGCGGUACAAAGUAUGGGGCAUGACGGCAAGGAUACUUGUCGAUGCGGCCACGGUUGCGUACGGGGAGAAACCCGAGUUCGAACACAACCGGCAUUUUGGUGAUGAGAGGAUGAUCGAGAUGCUGGCCAAGAUGGGCCGGAUGGGGGAGAAGAAGCCUGGGAGUAUGUUGACAGGCGACGAUCUGCAAAAGGCGUGGGAUGCGGCGAGGGAAGUGGAUGGGAAGACGGAGAAGGGAGAGCCAAGUAAGAUGUGA